UAAGGAAAUUAGGUAGCCUAUCCGAAAGAAUAGAAUAAGCUUACUACUGAUCAAGAAGAAAAUACAUCAUAUCUCAAAUGGGAAGUCUAUCUUAAUAUUUUUUCUGAAACUUAAAUGGUGAAUAGCGCAUAUAGUGAAUAAUAAAGUGUUUGGUUUCAAUAAUCUGAAUUUAGAAACUUGUCUGUACAGUAAUUAAAUUGGCCUUGUUGUGCAGUUUAUAAAAUCAAGUUUACUUACCUAGCUACACAAAGAAUUACAAAAUUUCAAUUGAUCGAAAAAAUAGACUCACGCACUUCGCGAAUCAAUCGUCAUUGGACAAACAACACAAACAAAGAGUAACUUAACACUAAUUAAAAUUUACAACAAAGAUACGGAUGCAUUAUCUUGAAAUUGGAUAAAUUUAGUGCCCAAAAUGGUUUUCAAAAAAAUUCAAAUAAACAAGAGCGAUUAUGCAAAUCCAAUCAAUAUCGAGAACUGUGCUGAGAGGAAAGGACACCGUCGUCGCUGUAACAUGGUGCUGUUGGGCAUUCUGCUGCUGGUGUCGUGCGCCUUCGCGGCGCUGCUGGCGGGCGCCCUGCUGCUGAGGCGCCGGGAGGCGGCGCUGCAGGUGCGCUACCGACACCUCGUCGCGGCCAAGAGCUUGUACUACCGGAGCCAUCCCCUGCCCGGCGGCCUCAGCCAGGUAGUGUCGUGCUACUACGACAUGCCCACGCCACGCCGGCCCGGCGCCCGCCAGCUCUUGCCCGCCGACAUCCACCCGAACCUAUGCACUCACAUCAAUGUGGCUUUUGCCCAAAUAAAGGACAAGAAAAUUUUCCUAGAAGGAUACCAGCAUCAGGUCAUAUCUGAUGUUGUCAAACUAAAAGAGAUCAAUCCUAAUUUGAAAGUACUCCUCUCAGUGGGUGGUGCAGGGAAUCAUGGUGGAUUUUCAGAAAUGGUUUUCAACCACACUUGUAGGAAAACUUUCAUAAGAUCUAUUAAGUAUACACUCAAGAACCUUACACUGGAUGGUAUUGAUCUUGACUGGGAAUUCCCUGUGGUGAAGUAUCAGAACGAUUUUGGCAAUAGAGAGAGACAGCAUUUUUCACAGUUGCUUAGGGAGAUCAGAAUGGAGUACAACCGAGAAAGGAGAGACUAUCUGCUCACUGUAGCAGUGGCAGCUCCCCAGAUUAUUGUAGAUGCUGCCUAUGAUGUUGACCAGAUUAAUCUGUACGUUGACUUUGUCAACCUUAUGACCUAUGACUUCCACACCUACACAAAGUUCACACCAAUGACAGGGUUAAAUUCUCCACUCUAUCCACGAGCCAGUGAACAACUCUACCUGGCAACUCUAAACACCAACUAUACAGUGGAGAUGUACAAGACCAAAGGACUAGACCCAUUCAAAAUUGUUGUGGGUAUACCUACUUAUGGCCACACAUUCACUUUAGUCAAUAGAGACAACACUAAAGUGGGCAGUCCCGCUGUCGGUUUUGGAACUCUGGGUGAACAAGGCUUUGUCAACUACCCGGACAUUUGUAAGUUUCUGAAUAAAUUUCAAAAUGAAUCAACAAUCAAAAUGGAUGAGGAUGCAAAGGUGCCAUAUUUCUUUAAGAAUUCAGAGUGGGUGUCCUACGAUAACCCUGAGAGUGUCAUAGAAAAAGCAAAGUAUAUAAGGCGCAACAACCUGCGAGGUGCCAUGAUAUACUCCCUGAACGCAGAUGACUACGAUGGAAAAUGCAGUGGGGUGGAAGGCACUGAGAAGUUUCCUCUGGCCUUCAGCAUCAAGAACACCCUCAGAGGCAUGUAAAAGUUUUCGAAUUAGAGAACUAGAGAUGAAAACAAGGAACAUGUGGCCAUUGCGCUAAUAUACAUACCUUCGUUUUCCUGCUGACGUAGGUGAUUUUAAACAUAGUACACGAUUUCAUGAUAGCCGAUGUCUGCGUGUCGACUCUGGGCGCGCGCUGGCUCGGGGCAUGGUGGGCGGGCUGCGCCCACGCGCCACUCUUGGCGGGCGAGCUCGGCGGAGUGGCGGGCUACACACUGCGGGGCACGCCGGGCACUGGGCCGUGCUCGUCCGCACAGAACGCGCACCGAGGCUCUGGUCGACUUCAUUAGCGGACUUUUACAAUUAGAAAAAAUGCAAGAAACCGUAUGUUUAAGUGGGAGUUUCCACUCGAGCGGGCGCGCACGAGUGCGGACCCGCUCGCUGAGUAGUGUAGCUGAUUAUAAACAUUCAGUAUCGACAGUUAUGCACCACAUUACAUUUUGAUAUACAUGCGUUGUAAUUUGCGUUUCGUCCAUUCGUUAAUUUGUUUAUAGUGGCAUACAUUUUCUGUGAUUUAAUUUAAUCUAAGAUAAUUUAUUUUGUGGCUGUGAUUCUGGUAUUAAUAAUUAUUUAUGUUACAAAUUGUAAAUACACUUAAAGUUUAUUGCAUUAAAAAGUAAUAGUUGAAUCUAAAAUA